GACGGACCUUCCCGGUGUAGUUUAGACAGGUUAGGUAAGUCAUUUUGAGCUUCACUUUGGAUCUAAAGAUCUAAGUCUCACUUUCCGUUUGGAACAUUGUUCUUUUUCAAGAAUACCCACCUAUGUAAAGCGGCAUAUAAGAGGUAUUGAUAUGUUUUCUUGAUAUAAAGCUCAUAUUUAUACUCACUUUGCUUGCUCGUCUGGCUUCACUUGGAUUUUGUAUUUGCCAAUGUACAUUUAGGAACAGAUAAUCUCUCAUUGUCUUGUAAUAAUGGCUAUGAAUUCAAAAGGGAAAAUUACCGAAUGGUAUCCCAUUAGACAGUUCCUGAAUUACCCCGGACACGACUUUACCUUGGUUAUCCUAAACCAGCCAAUCAUAGAUGAGGACUUAUUCAAGGACAUUUGGAGUAUAGCGAAAACCUGCGUUGCUGCCGAUGGUGGCGCCAACCAUGUUUACGAUCUCAAUCAAAAGUCUUUAUCAAAAGGGGGCCAUAUCCCAACUUACGCUGGCGAUUAUGUAAACCUUAGCACGAUAAUUGGCGACCUAGAUUCUCUAUCCGAUGAGGCUAGGACGUUCUUUACCACUAAACCGGCUAAUUGUAAAAUUAUUCAUGAUGAGGACCAAUACUCCACCGAUUUUACCAAGGCUGUCAGGUUAGUCCGCAAAGAGUUCCCAGGGAUGGAUAUCGUAUGUAUGGGUGGUCUUGGAGGACGGGUAGAUCAGGGGUUGAGUCAAAUACACCACUUGUAUCUCUUCCAGACCUCGCCAAGCUACGCUGAUGGAAAGAUGUUUCUUCUCUCCGGCGAGAGCUUGUCCUUCCUUCUCAAGGCUGGAAAGCACCGCAUUCAUGUACGUGAGCCUAACGCCACCAACACCGCCGCCGACUUCGUUCGUAUGAGCGGCGACCCGUUCGCUAAGUAUGUCGGCAUUAUCCCGGUCAAGGAGCCAAGCGUCAUCACAACCAAGGGUCUCGAGUGGGAUGUCGAGAAUUGGCCAACCGAGUUCGGAGGCCAGAUGAGUACGAGCAACCACGUAUUGCCGGAGACUCAGGUCGUCGAAAUCGAAACCACAAAAGAUGUGCUUUUCACCAUUGCGCUAAAACAGAUAACAGAAAGGGGCUGAGGACGUUGUUGCCACGACUAGAUAGUAGAGUUUCUUGGGUAUAAAGCAAUUUUGUAUUAGACCAAUGGUAAACAGGAAUCUUCGCCGGAAUAGGGGGC